GGUUCAAUUAGUUUGAACUUGGUUUAAAAUGGCGAAAGACAUGCUCGCAUUAAAAUUUAUCGUUUUAAACAUAUUAAUAAUGGUAUGUGUGGGUGUGAAACAAGAGUGUUCACCAUUCAGGCCGGAUUACAGUUCUUAUCAAGAGUUCCAGUACUGCUCGACAGCUUAUUACCUGUCGCUGAGUUUGCGUUUUACGAACAUACCGGUCGGCGCAACUAGCUAUCGAUUGCUGACAGCGAGACACGAUUUGCUUCAUUUAGAACUGGUUGGUGAAGGAAACAUUAGUGCCAACGAGAAUUGCUUUGACGAAUCCGUCCAUAUAUUGCCGAAGAGAUAUAAUCUCAGCCUUGAAUUAUAUUUGAACUACAAAGGGGACGCUCUUUGCAAAGCAGUGAAAAUACUUGAUUUAUACAAUAAUGAAGCUGAUUGUUCGAACACAGUAUAUUAUAACAUUGGUUUGAUAAGGUUUAACUUGGAAAACAGUUGCGAACUGCGGCAACAAACCACGGAAAAUUCAGGCCCUAGCGCCCCGCUUCCCACGGCAGUCAGGACUUCGACAACAAGGAGUGUGACGUCACAUCCUAUGACGAGUUGGUCGUCUACCGAUGCCACUGUCUCGACAACACGCAGGAAAACUGUUCUUACCUCGCCGUCCACUCCAGCAAUUAACAGUACAGAUAGAGGAUUUGGAUCGCCUAUAUCUCCUGCAGCACCGGCUGCGACAACGGUCUCCACCGUGACGGUCUCGGCUACUUCUCCUACACCUGAAACUCUAUCUUUCAAAGAUUUAUUCUUCACGCCUCAAGGAUAUUCGGUUGUAGCUGUAAUUUGUAUAAUAGUCCUGGCUCUCAUCGUAGCAUUGAUCUAUUGGUACACGAAAAGGUCUUCGCGUCAAAAUUAUCAGAAAGUCGCCUACAAGAGCAGCAGAGCAGAUUUGCCGAGGGUCGUGUACGCAGAGUUGGACAUUCCCGAGCGCAGUGACGACGUCCAAUAUUGCAAUUUCACACCGGAAUACAGAACAGUAUAUUAUUCUAGAAUAAUUGGUGUUUAUAUGAAUAAAGAAUGA